CGUCUCAGAUUCAUCAUAAUCAUCAACCUGAACCAAAAACCAAAAACCCAUUAGGGAACAUCUCUCUUUUUCUCAAUCUGACCUUCGAAACCCCAAAUUCCACCAUAGAAGACACCAACUACGAAUACUACAGGGCUGGCUCUUCUUUAUGACGCGUUUGUGACCAACACGACGUCGUUUGAUUCCCUCUUUGUUGGUUCUUUGCUUCUUUCUCUUUCUCUGUCCGUCUCUGUUUCUCUUUCUCAUUCAGAUCGACGACAAUGGAGAUUUUCUACUUCCUACUCUUUGGGUUUCUGGCACUGGUGGUGAUGACCUUGGAGCUCACCAAAAACAGCAAAGAUCGACUCAGUACAUCCCCUGCUUUUAAUGCCUUCAAGAACAACUACAUCCUCGUUUACUCUAUCAUGAUGGCCGGGGAUUGGUUGCAGGGUCCGUAUGUUUACUAUCUUUACAGCCAAUAUGGAUUUGGAAAGGGAGAGAUUGGUCAGCUCUUUAUAGCUGGGUUUGGAUCGUCUAUGAUUUUCGGGACAAUUGUUGGAUCUCUUGCUGACAAACAGGGCCGGAAGAGGGCAUGUAUUACUUACUGCAUUAGUUAUAUUUUAAGUUGCGCCACCAAACAUUCUUCUGACUACAAAGUUUUAAUGCUGGGACGUGUUUUGGGAGGCAUUUCAACUUCUUUACUCUGCUCAGCUUUUGAAUCUUGGCUUGUUGCAGAACACAACAAGAGGGGAUUUGACCAGAAAUGGCUUUCAAUAACAUUUUCCAAGGCAAUAUUUGUUGGUAAUGGUUUGGUUGCCAUUGUAUCUGGGUUAUUUGGGAAUCUUCUAGUACAUACACUGGAAUUUGGCCCUGUAGCUCCAUUUGACGCUGCUGGAUGUUUUCUAGCAAUUGGCAUGGGCAUUAUAAUGUUAUCAUGGACUGAAAAUUAUGGAGACCCAUCAGAAAAUAAGAGCCUGUAUGCCCAAUUUAAGGGUGCUGCUGUGGUUAUUGCCUCUGAUGAGAAAAUUGCGUUGCUGGGUGCUAUUCAGUCCCUAUUUGAGGGUUCAAUGUACAUAGUUGUUUUCCUUUGGACUCCUGCUCUGAGUCCAAACAAUGAGGAAAUUCCGCAUGGAUUCAUUUUUGCAACAUUCAUGCUGGCCUCGAUGCUUGGAAGCUCUAUUGCGUCUCGGUUGAUGGCUCGUUCAUCCUUCAAAGUUGAAAGCUACAUGGAGAUCGUGUUUGUAAUCUCUGCAGCUUCCCUCUUGCUUCCAAUUGUAACAAAUUAUGUGGUUGUGCCUUCCAGUGUGAAAGGUGGAAGUCUCCCACUUUCAGGGUGUAUUCAACUCAUUGGCUUUUGCACAUUUGAGGCCUGUGUGGGAGUUUUUUGGCCUUCUAUCAUGAAAAUGAGGUCCCAAUACAUUCCUGAAGAGGCUAGAAGCACGAUCAUGAACUUCUUCCGCAUUCCUCUCAACAUCUUUGUGUGCAUUGUGCUGUAUAAUGUUGAUGCUGUUCCCAUCACUAUAAUGCUUGGCAUGUGCUCAAUUUUCCUUGCUAUAGCAGCUGUGCUGCAAAGGCGGCUCAUGAUGAUCGGAGAGAGUCAAAGAUCAAAAACAGAAGACUGGACAGCAAUAGACAAGAACAAAGAAGAAGAGCCAUUAAAUGCCUAAAUACUGCGAGACCGACCUGGAAUUUUUGAAGCCUAAACUCAGCCGCCCAAGUCUUACUUUCGAAUUGUCCUGACUGCAAUUUUUUGGCUAUUUGACCUUCGUGGAUUGGUGCUAGCUUCGUACGAGUUCAAAGAAUUUUGUGGGGAGACGAUUGUUGGCCAUAACAUUAACAAAUUAUAUCAAUAGCUACAUCAUUAGAUAGUGUCUGUCUACUGCAAUCACCGUAGACUACAGCUGGUGUCGGGUAAAACCUCUCAUAUAUGUUGAGUCUUGACUGUCAUUAGCAUAUUUGUUUAAGCUGUUAUACAAAUGGUGAUCUUUUGGUCUUUGUCAUUCAUUGUUUAAUUCUUUUUCUUUUCUAACAAUACCAAUAUUUUUACCCUUUCAAUACACAAAAUUACAUUACUGUAUAAGCUGAACCAACCCCCUCCCCUGUCUCUAAAUCUUUUAGCAUAGUCAUCAUGCGUUUGAAGAAACUGAGCACAACUAAAGUUGCAGCAGCUCUCAGCUCAUGUAUAUUGUCAUGAACUUUUGCUAUGCUGAAAUGUGCAAUUAGUUAUUCUUUUUAGAGGAAUGUUCAAGGCUACCAAAUUUCAUUUGUGGCACAUGUAUUUAGCUGAAUAUUAAGUGAAAAUUUUAUUAUAUUAUUUGAAUUGUGAGUUUCUA